AUGGUAAACUGUGAGAAUACCAAAGAUAAUGAAAUUUCUUGUGCUUGUCAAAGUCAAGGAGAAGAAAAAUAUGUAGAUAGCAAUGCUUUUUGUGAAUCUAGCUGCAUUGUUGAUAGUUCUGACAGCUUGAAGGAUAGACAACCUGAGACUAAUUUGGGAGAAACAAAUCUCAAUACUCGUGGCCAGAAUUUAGGCACUGAUGAGAUGGUAGUAGAACUUCCUGAAGCGUCUAUGUGCAUCCAAAGUGCUGCUCAAUUGCUUGUUAAUUUUUCCUUAAGCAGUUCAUUCAACUACCAAAACUGUUCAUCCAAAACAGAAUGCAUUAAGGUUGACAAGGAGGAGAUUGUUAAGGUACAGUGUACUGAUUCUUAUGAACAAAUUGCUUUAGAGCUUGAAGAAUGCAAUGAUGAUGACUGCUCUUUCGCAUCAUCAAAGCCAUAUGAGGUGGACAGAGCAAAGACAAAUGAUUUUAGUCUUAGAUUAAAACGGGGAAGGAGAUUCAAGGAUUUCCAGAAGGAGAUACUUCCUGGCCUUGCAUCUCUUUCUAGACAUGAAAUUCAAGAAGAUAUAAACAUUUUGGAGGCAGUAUUAAGAUCAAGGGAAUACCGGAAGAUCAGAUCCAGAAUGGGUGACCACAGCAGCCAGUGUGCGCCUACAACAAGAGUUAGAAUAAAUUGUUUUAGCAAGGUUCAUCCAAGUGCCAACAUCAAUGAAAGUUGA